GAUCCAACUAGCCACUUAUCGAUUUGCUCGGAAAACUAAUCCAACAAAAUGAAACUGAUUGUCGCCGCUUUGGUCGUUCUUGUAUCGUGCUUGGUGAUGGCCGAGCCACACUGGGGAUUUGGCCAUCGUCACCGUCACCAUCAUGACCAGGAUGGACAAAAUGGACCACCAUCGCCACCACCGCCACCGGUUAACGUUACCCAACUGAUGCAGGACAUUUGGCAAACCAUCACCAGUGCCAUCAACCACGCCCAGAAUUCAACGGCUUCCGCAUCGAGCAACUCGUCCUCCUCCUCAGCAGCUAGCAACUCAUCCUCGUCUGCAAAUUCCACCAGCGAAGGACGUUAGAGCACUGCUCAACUGGUUAGCUCUGCGAGAAAUCCUGUAAAGUUUUCAGUGUUAAAAAUCAAGAUAUGAAUUUCAUUAGUUGAAUAAAAGAAUAAAAGUGCAUCAGCAAAACAAACAAA